AUUUUUUGUAAUUUUACAUACAUUUGUUUGUAAUUUAAGAAAACAGAAAAUGUACUGUAUAAAAAUACAGUAGUUUUUCUGUAUUAAAAACGUGAGUUAUUGUAAUUUGUCAUUAAUGUCAUAAUCCUUAAAAUAACAGCCAAGUAGUUAAUUCAGAGAUAAUUUUACAGAGUUUUGACUGCAAUUCAAAAUAAAAGAAAACAACCUGAAAAAAAUCACAGUUAUUUUCCAUAAAAUUACGAUUUUUUUUUACAGUGUGGUUUCAUAUGAGGUGUGCAUAUAGUGUGUGGGAUGCCCUCUAUAAGAACUGACCGUUCAUUUCUUCUACUUAUUAGAAACGGGGUCUUAAUACCCCUCCAAAUUGAUUAAUGUCCCAUAUCUCCUUUUCUACGAAUCUUGCAAUGAUUUGAAAGGUAGAAGAAUAUAGUAGGCUUAAAACAGAAACGUCAAAAAGACCAAUAAAAACACAAAUAUUAAAGCAGAUGUACAAAAAACAAAAAAAUCCUGAAAAAUGUCAUUCUAUAUCUCAAUUCUGGGUGUCUAGAAUGAAAAGCGCUCUGAAAGCGCGUUCCCUCUGUGUUAGUCCUGCAAUUAUCAUAAUCAUAGUAAUACGCGCGCACCAUAAUUUCAAUCGCGGCUGGUUUGACCGUGUUUUUCUGAACUGCGGCUGGCUUGACCGCGGUCGCGCGUCUGCGCCAUACAUUAACACAGAGACACGCAGAAGUCAUAUUUAAAUAGACGUUUUGCGGCUUAAUAUUUACAAGUAGGAGUGGGAGUGUGCUCACUUGUGUGUGCGCUUACGUUUGUGUGUGUGUGCGAACCGGGGGGGAACUCCGCUGUGCGCGCGAUACAGAGAGCGCGACCAUGUAAUGUAGAGACAGAAAUGACACGCCGUCGUGUAAAUAAGAUAAAUAACAUAAGGCUAUUUAGUUUGUUUAAUAAAAGAACAAGGUAUAGACCUGUUCUAUAGGGAAGGUAACAUUGAAUGACUUCGUUUGUGGUCUGGCGCUAUAGAGAAAAUAAAAUGUAAAUAAAAUUAACUUGACCUUCAAGGGGGGCUGGCCGCCCCCCCUAAAAUAAUGGUAGGGGAAACACUGCUUUGCUAGUUUUGACUAAACCUAACUAUUGAACAGUUCCACUGUUGUCCAGGAAAAGAUACACAUCAUACCUCAGAAAACACACACCGACUCUUUGGGGGGCAUUAAUCACUAUCGGUAGAGAUACUGCUAGAGAAACCACUUCUCCUGAUGCACCAGUAAAGGACAAGGUCUUAAAUUCUGUGAAAUGCUAUGGAAAGAAGAAUAAAGCUGGGGAGAGAGUAUGCCUUAUGUUAUAAAACAUACAUAGAUAUGUUCUCUAAUGCCUCUCAAAAAUAAUAUGGCUAGCUAUAUUUGAGUUCAGUAAUAUUAAGACUAUUUUGAGGCUGUUUUGUGAAACUCUCCUGGCUCACUCCCUCCCUCCAGCAUCAUUAACAUAUGAAAGGUCUGACAGCCACCAGUCCUCACAACCAGCAGUGUUUCAGCUCUAUAUGUCCAUGAAACUUCACCGAUUCCUGUAUAUGUCCGUGUACACCGGAGUAUGUGGGUAUUUCUGGAAAUGUACUGUUCUGUGUAACUUUGCUCAGAUAAUUUCCAAAUACAUCCAGCAAACCUGAAAUUACAUGCCAGUUUACCAUGACCAGAUAUUACCAUAUUUGACUCUUUUCAUGCAGUGUAAUUUAUCAUAUAAAUCUGAUUGCAUUACAUGUUUGGGUUGCAUAUUUAGUGGGUAUUAAAUGUAAAUAAUGGGCAAACUAGAUUUCAUUUAAAUUAAUAAAAAUAAGUAAGAGUUUGAUGUAUAUUUUUAAGUGAAAUUUAAAAGAUUGUUGUCUCUUUCACAGACUCAUUCACUGUACAGUUCAUUAUGUUCAUUGCUAUAGAUACAAGAUUUUGUUUUUAUUUUAGUAUUUUCUCUUGUCAGUGGGGUCAACAGCGUUUUACUCAACAGGUUUAAUAUGGUUGCACUAUAACACAGUUUUUGAGCCGUUUGUGUUUUCAGUGAAGUGGAAAUUGUGCAGAAUGAGAAAGCAGCACUUCACUUGACUGUUAGAUGAUUCCUUUAUAGCAGGCCUGAUGAGUUAGUCAAUUAGUUUGUUAAACUGGACUAAACGAACUCAAAUGAGACUGAAGUAUCUCUAUAGUUUUCUCUGUUCUUUGUGUCAAAAUAAUCAUGUUUCUGUUAAGAAAAUAUUACAAAAAGAAAACAUACAAUGCUUUGUGAAUGAUUUUAAUGAGAACAGAUGCAGUAACAAAGGAGCAGCUCUUGAUCUCACGCUCUACUUCCUGAGAGAGAUGAAGCAAGAUGAAGCUGCUGAUACUCUAGAAGAUGAGCUGAUCCUCAUUCAUCAGCUAAAAUGUAGCCUAAAGAAGAAGUAUCAAUGUGUGUUUGAAGGAAUUGCAAAGCAAGGUGACUCCACACUUCUGAAUAACAUCUACACGGAUCUCUAUAUCACUCAGGGUUGUAGUGAACAGGUCAAUACUGAACAUGAGGUAAGACAGAUUGAAGUUGCUUCCAGGCGUCAUGAAUCGCAAGAAAUACAGGUUGAGUGCAAAAAUUUGUUUGAAGCACCUGAACAAGACAAGCAGAUCAGAACUGUACUGACAAAAGGAGUUGCUGGCAUCGGAAAAUCAGUCUCUGUGCAGAAGUUUGUUCUGGAUUGGGCUGAAGGAAAAGAAAAUCAAGAUAUCAGCUUCAUAUUUCCCCUUCCAUUCAGAGAGAUGAACUUAAAGGAGAAAGAAAAACUAAGUUUGAUGGACCUUAUAACUCAGUUUUUCCCAGAGACAAAAGGACUGAACCUUACAAGAAGAAAUCAAUUCAAAGUCUUGUUCAUUCUUGAUGGAUUGGAUGAAUGUCGACUUCCUGUAAACUUUAAGGAUAAUGAGACGUGGUCUGAUGUUUCAUUACCAGUCUCUAUGGAUGUUCUCCUAACAAACCUCAUCAAGGGAAAUCUGCUUCCUUCUGCUCUCAUCUGGAUCACCACCAGACCAGCAGCUGCCAGUAAGAUUCCUCCUGACUGUAUCGACCGGCUGACAGAGAUACGAGGAUUCAAUGAUGCACAAAAGGAGGAGUACUUCAGAAAAAGAAUCACGGCUCAGAAUCUGGCCAAAGAAAUCAUUGAUCAUGUUAAACAAUCAAAGAGUCUCUUUAUUAUGUGCCACAUCCCAAUCUUCUGCUGGAUUUCAGCCACUGUUCUCCAGAACAUUUUAGAGGAAAAAAGUAAUGUUGUGAAAAAUAAUCAGGCUGAUGAUGCCUCCAAAACACUGCGGGAGUCAAAUACUGCAGACACUCCCAAGACUCUGACACAAAUGUAUACACACUUUCUCAGAUUUCAGAUCCAGCAGAGCAGACGAAAGUAUGAUGGAGACUAUACACCAGAUGUUUCCUGGGAUAAAGAUGCCAUCUUUUCACUGGGUAAACUGGCAUUUGAUCAGCUGGAAAGAAACAAUGUGAUCUUCUAUGACAAAGAUCUGGAAGCCUGUGGUAUUGAUGUCUAUAAGGCAUCAGUGUAUUCAGGCAUGUGUACCCAGAUCUUUAAGGAGGAAACAGGGAUCAUUCUUGGUACCAUGUACUGCUUUGUUCACUUGAGCAUUCAAGAGUUUAUUGCAGCCCUUUAUGCACAUCUGUUUCUAGACAUCAACAACAAAUAUGUGUUUGAUCAAGACUCUACAGAACAGGAAAACAAAAAUAAAACCAUGUUUGAUUUGCUCAAGACUGCAGUGGACAAGUUACUCGAGAGUAACAAUGGACAUCUGGACCUUUUCCUUCGCUUCCUCCUUGGUUUGUCACUCCAGUCCAAUCAGCGACUCUUACAGGGACUGUUGACACGGGAAGACGCCAAUGACCAGAGCAAAAAGGAAAUAGUUCAGUACAUCAAGCAGAAAUUAGAAACUAAUCUGUCUCCAGAGAGAUCCAUCAAUCUGUUCUACUGUCUGAAUGAACUGAACGACCAAACUCUGGUGAAAGAGAUUCAGACCCACCUUAGCAAAGGAAGUCUCUCAUCUGCUGAUCUUUCACCUGCCCAGUGGUCUGCUUUGGCCUUUGUGUUGUUGACAUCAGAGGAGGAGCUGGAGGAGUUUGAGCUUCAGAAAUUCAAGAAAUCAGACGAGUGUCUCAUGAGAUUAUCAGCAGUCAUCAAAACCUCCAAAAGAGCUCUGCUAAAUGAUUGUGGCUUAACAGACAAAAGCUGUUCAGGUCUGGCUACAGUUCUUGGAUCAGAUUCCAGUCUGAAAGAGCUGAACAUGAGCAAUAAUAAUCUGCAGGAUUCAGGAGUGAAGCUGCUCUGCACUGGACUGGAAAAUAUGAAGUGUCAUUUGGAAAUACUGAGACUUUCAGACUGCAGUAUCACUGAAGAAGGUUAUAAAGCUCUGUCUUCAGCUCUGAGGUCAAACCCUUCAUACCUGAUAGAGCUGGAUCUCACAGGAAAUGAUCCUGGACAAUCAGGAGUGAAGCAGCUCAGUGAUUUACUACAGGAUCCAAACUGUCAAUUGAAGACACUGAGGUUAGGAUACUGUGAAAUGACAGAUGAAGGUUGUUCUGCUGUGACUUCAGCUCUGAAAUCAAACCCAUCACACCUGAGAGAACUGGAGCUGAGAGGGAAUAAACCGGGAGACUCUGGAGUGAAAAACCUCAGUGAUCUACUGAUGAACACACAAUGCAAGCUGGAGAAACUAGAUCUGCGUGUAUGCAGUAUUACAGAGAAACAGUGUCUCAUCCUGACUUCAGCUCUGAAAUCAAACCCAUCACACCUGAGAGAACUGGACCUGAGCUGGAAUCAAAUAAAAAACACAGGAGUGAAUCACUUAUGUGACGUACUGAAGGAUUCACGCUGUAAACUGGAGAGAUUGAGGUUAAGCUACUGUUAUUUGACAGAUGAAGGUUGUUCUGCUGUGACUUCAGCUAUGAAAUCAAACCCAUCACACCUGAGAGAACUGAACCCGAGCAGGAAUAAACUAGGAGAAUCUGGAGUGAAAAACCUCAGUGAUCUACUGAUGAACCCACAAUGCAAGCUGGAGAAACUAGAUCUGUUUGCUUGCAGUAUUACAGAGAAACAGUGUCUCAUCCUGACUUCAGCUCUGAAAUCAAACCCAUCACACCUGAGAGAACUGAACCUGAACUGGAAUCAAAUAAAAAACACAGGAGUGAAUCACUUGUGUGACGUACUGAAGGAUUCACGCUGUAAACUGGAGAAACUGAGUCUUCAUGACUGUGGUAUUACAGAUGUUUCUUCUUUAACUCAGUCUUUGACAAACACAAAAGCACUGCAGUUUCUAAAAGAGCUUGAUCUGAGACACAAUAUGAUUGGAGACUCAAAGCAGCAGCUCAUUGAUGUGCUACGAGACUCAAACUGUGAACUGAGUGUAGAUAGAGAUCCAUCACCAGAAGUCACAGUUCAGUCACAAGAAAUACCUGAUGGAGUUCAAUCACCAAAAGACGAUAAACGCUGUAUAUAUUCAGAGGAGGAAGAAGCUCAGAUGAGUCUUGAUCAUACAUAAUUGAGAUAGAUAGAUAGGUAGAUAGAUAUACACACACACACACACACGUUUACUUAGCUAUCUAAAUGGGGACAUUCCAUGGGCGUAAUGGUUUUUAUACUGUACAAACCGUAUAUUCUAUUGCCCUACACCUAAACCUACCCCUUACAGGAAACUUUCUGUAUUUUUACAAUUUCAAAAAACCUUUGUUUACUUUAUUUUUAAACUGGUUUUACAAAUGAGGACGUCCCCAAAGGGAGGUUUUUGGAGAUUUUGUCAGGUUUAGCUCACUUUUGGGUACAAAUUUGUCCCCAAAAUAUGGUUAAGUAGGUACACACACACCCAUACAUACAAACACACAUUUCCUUCGUGUACAUAUGCAUACACAUACCCACACAUCUAUAUAUUUACGUAUAAAGAUUUGUAAUCAAUUAUAUAAUUCAUGCUGUAUAUAAGAUGUAUGUAAUUAUGUAAUUAGCUGGAAUUAAAUAGAAUAGGAAUAUGUCAAGAUAUAUAUUGAUGCAGUAUAUUUAUAUAAUCUAACACUUCUUAUUCUAUUAUAAUAAUAUAGGGCAUCAAUUCACCAUUAGAUAGUGAAUAUAUAGUAUACAAUAUAUAAUAACAAUGUGGGAUAUAAUAUAAAAAAAUAAUAGAUGGAAGAUACCUAAAUGUCCAGAUAGAAGAGGAGAGGUGUGAAUUGUAGUGUAAAUAUGUCCAGUUGGUUUUUAACUAUAGCGGUUUGUCUUUCAUUUGUUAUGUGUUCUUUUAAUAACUGAGACCAUUGUGUGACAGAAAUUUGGUUUUUAUUUUUCCAGUUUAUGAGAAUUGUUUUCUUGGCGAUAGCUAGAGACAAGUGGAGCGGUGUAUUCUAUUGUAGUGGAUAUUACUGAGGUAUCACCUAAAAGGCAUAGUGAUGAAGUAAUUGGAAUGUCACAAUUGAAAUGUGUUGAAAUUGUUUUAAGGACUUCCUUCCAGAACAAAGUAACAGGUGGACAUGACCAUAUUGCAUGCAAAUAUGUAUCCGGCGUGUUAAGCAUACAGUGUGUACAUUUAUCUGAUUCUGCUAUACCCAUUUUAAACAGUUUUUGUUGAGUUAAAUGUGUUCUGUGAAUGACUUUGUAUUGAAUUAAUUGUAUAUUUUUAUUAACGCUGAAGUUGAAUAUAUUUUUACAGAUUUGAUUCCAAAAAUUGGUGUCUGUGGAUAUGCUGAGGUCCUGUUCCCAUUUUGUGAUUGGUACAGAGCAUGUUUUGUCCGCAGAUAAUAUUACGUUGUAUAGCUUACUUAUUGAUUUUGAUGAUGAACUGAUCUUCUGAAUGUUUUCCAAUAAGGAAUGUGGUUGUAUUUGCGUGUUUCCAGUUUUAGCUGUUAUUGCACUCUUUAUUCGUAGAUAAUAGAAAAUUUGAUUUUUGUUUAAGUUAUACGUUUUUGAUAAUUCUGUAAAUGGAAUGAAGGUAUUAUUCAUGUAGAAGUGAUGUAAAUACAGGAUGCCCUUCUCCAUCCAGGCUUUAUUAACUAAUUGGUGUUUAUUGAUAGUGAAGUCUGGAUUAUUCCAUAUUGGCGAGAAAGUAUGUAGUGAAAGGGGAUGGCCGGUUAUUUUAUUAGUUUUCCACCAAGCUGUUAGUGUUGUCUGGAUUGCAGUAUUUAGAAAUAGAUUGUGCUUGUUGAUGGUGUUGCUGAAUCGUGGCAAGUCUGAUAUUGGAAUUUCCUUGCAUGCUGAUUGUUCAAGUUGUAUCCAUGGGUUUUGAAGGUGAUUGUUAUUAAUCCAAUUAGUUAAAUGAUGUAACUGUGCUGCCAGAUAGUAAUAUUAGAAAUUGGGUGCUGAUAAUCCUCCUUGUUCUUUAGAUUUUUCGUGGGAACUGAUCGUUAAUUCCAUAGUGCGUUCCACGUAAUUCUUUGUCUUUACUUUUUACUAGUUCUUUGUGUUUGUAGUGUUCGAAUUUUGCCACUAUUGGUCGGGGUCGUUUGGUACCUGCUAUCUGGUUGUUUUUACGGCGAGACGGUGGACGCGAUGAAAGGUUACCUUCUCUACUGUUUCUUUUGGCAUCUUCAGAUUUGAGUGCAUGAAUUCUUUUAUUGCGUCUUCUGGGUUGUCUUGUAUUUGUUCGGAAAUUCCUGUGAAAAUUAGGGAGUCGCGCAUACUACGACACUGAAGAUCAAGGAUACUUUCUUUCAGGAGCUUGUUUUCCUCUGUGAUUUUGUCCAUUUGUGUUGUGAUUGUUGUUAUCUUGAUUUGCAGUUUGUUGUUAUCGUUUUGCAAGGAUACGAUUUGUGUUUGAGUGAAUUCCAAACUUGCCUUUAGGUCUUUUAUGUCUUGGUGUAGAAGUUUGAGUAUUGCCAGUUUGUUAUUGAUUGAUUCUAGCACACAUACCUCUAUAUUCCGCGGAGUCUUCCCGGCGUGGUUGCUUUUUCUUUGGCUGGGGCAUGGUGAGUAAUCCAAAAAAUUAACUGUCUAUAAAAAAUUCCAAUGUUUCUAUCAUUUCCGUGGCUUAUAUGUUGUAUUUUGCGUUAUAUGAGGAAUUGUUUAUACUCGGCGUGUUGCCAUGUUGGAUCGCGUCCGUCGCUCGCGAAUUCUCAGAGUUCACGCAUGCUCCUGAAAGUUCACGCACGUUCAUGUUAAUCAGUAAAAAUACAACUGCUUAAAUGUGAUUGUCAAGUGCAGCAGUUAAAUGUAUCAAAAGAUAUAAAGCAUAUCUACAAUUUGAAAUUUCCAUGUUACUGAAAACAUUUGCGUGAUCUUUUACAUUUUAUACACAUUGUUAUUCUAUUUUAAUUUUAUAUUAAGUUAGCUAUGUGUCUGUCUGUUGCUAAUAAUCACAAAUCCUCUCAUUACAACAAAAGCAGAAACACAAUGUAAAUAAAAGAUGGAUUGUGUAGUUUUGACAGAUGAAUUGAUUAAAACGGGAGUUUUCACACA